AAAAAAAAAAAAGGAAAGAGAAUGGAGUGUGCAUUGCUCUUGCAUUGCUCCAGCUCCCUUGCAACACUAAAGGAGAACCCAAGAGUUUGCAGGAGGAGUUUGGAGGCAAGCUUUCAAACUGGAAUCGCAACAGGGAAGAUGAACCAACUCUUUUCCUUGCCUUCUUGGGUUUCUUUCAGCCAGCUUUCCUUGUGAUUUUUUAAAAAAGCUCCCUGCUUUCUCUCUUGGGGCAACUUGCCUCCCCUCCAGGUGUGCUGCUGCUGCUGCUGCCUGUCAAAUUGCAUUAACCCCAGAGUUUUGGUGAGAGAGAGCUCUGCCUUUGCAGCAAGGCAAUUCUUCUGGGGAAAAGGAAGAGAAAGUGUGUGUGAGAGAGGCAUGAGGGCCAUUUAGGAUCUGGAAUCCUUGCUGGGUGCAGAGAUGACUCGAGGAGGCAAAGCAGUUGCCCAUCUGCCAAGGGAUGGAGCAUCACACCAGUCUUGACCAGAGCUUGCUCAGGUGAAGAAGGAAGGCAAAGAGGAGAAGAAGAGGGAGACUCUGCAUCACUCCAGGGCUACUCCAGGGAUUGCUGAGUCUAAGGGAAAGAGCAGUCCUAUUUCUCCUUCUUUCCCUCCCUGCUUGUCCUGGUCAGCCCUAGCUACUGAAGGAGACUGUGCUUUCCAUCCUCAGCAACCAAACUGCUCCUUCUUUCCAGAUCUCUGCCCAUGGAAGGCUGGAUUUUCUCAGGGAUGGUGGCAUCCUUUUGAAACUUGUUCUCUUGGAUUGUUGCAGAAAACAAAAGAGGGAGCAAGCAUGAAGUGCCAGUCCCUGUGAACUAACUGCCUGGUGUGUGUUUGGAGCUGCUGAGGUGAGUCCAAGAUGAAGCUGCCCAUCCUUUUGGUCCUUGUGAUUUGCACUGUAUUCAACACAAGUGUGAAGCUGGUAUCUAAGCGAAAUUCAGUGGAUGGCUGCAUUGACUGGUUAGUGGAUCUCAAGAGAUACAUGGCUCUGGCUGGUGAGCCAGUCCGAGUGAAAUGCGCUCUUUUCUACAGCUAUAUUCGGACUAACUACACCAUGGCUCAAAGCACAGGCCUGAGGCUGAUGUGGUACAGGAACAAAGGAGAUCUGGAAGAGCCCAUUAUCUUCUCGGAAGUUAGAAUGAGCAAAGAUGAAGAUUCAAUAUGGUUUCAUGCAGCAGAGGUUCAAGACAGUGGUUUCUACACUUGUGUGUUAAGAAACUCAUCAUAUUGCAUGAAGGUGUCAAUGUCCUUGACGGUUGCUGAAAAUGAAUCGGGGCUUUGCUACAACAGCACAAUUCGCUACUUAGAAAAAUCAGAAAUCACUAGAACAAAGAUAAUAUCCUGCCCAGAUAUUGAGGAUUAUAAAACGGGAAGCCAAGAACCAGAUGUCAUAUGGUACAAGGAGUGUAAGCCAAAAAUGUGGAGAAGUGUAGUAGUUCAAAAGGAAAACACUCUUUUAAUACAAGAUGUCCAAGAAGAAGAUGGUGGAAAUUAUACUUGUGAGCUCAAGUUUGAAGGAAAGCUAAUAAGGCGAACGACUGAGCUGAAAGUUACAGCUUUAGUCACCAAGAGACCGCCUCAGCCUUUAUACCCUAUGGAGAAUCAGACAACUUUUAUAGAUGUCCAGCUGGGUCAGCCACUGACUGUUGCCUGCAAAGCCUUCUUUGGAUUUAGUGGCGAGUCAGGUCCCAUGAUCUACUGGACACGAGGAGAGAGAUUUAUUGAAGAACUUGAAAACCACAUUAAAGAAGGCGAAAUCAGGCUGCUCAAAGAGCAUCUUGGAGAAAAAAUCGUGGAGCUAACUUUAAUCUUUGACGUGGUGAAGGAGCCAGAUCUGGCCAAUUAUACGUGCCACGUAGAAAACAGAAAUGGUCGGAAACAUGCAAGCAUCAUUCUGCGUAAAAAAGACCUGAUCUCCAAAAUUGAGCUUGCUGGAGGUUUGGGAGCGAUCCUUCUGUUACUGGCUUUACUUAUAACAAUUUACAAAUGCUACAACAUAGAACUGCUGCUGUGUUACAGACAGACCUUUGGAGGCGAUGAAACAAUGGACGACAAUAAGGAAUACGAUGCCUAUCUCUCUUACACGAAAGUGGAUCUGGACACAUUAGAUUGUGAUAACAGUGAAGAGGAACAAUUUGCCCUUGAAAUCUUGCCAGAUGUUCUGGAGAAACAUUAUGGAUACAAGCUUUUCAUUCCAGACAGGGACCUGAUCCCUACUGGGACAUACCUUGAAGAUCUCACAAGAUGCGUAGAACAAAGCCGCAGAAUCAUUAUUGUACUAACUCCAGAUUAUGUACUCAGGAGAGGGUGGAGUAUUUUUGAGAUGGAAAACAGACUCCAUAACAUGCUCGUCAGUGGAGAAAUCAAAGUGGUUUUCAUUGAGUGCGCUGAAUUAAAAGGCAAAGUAAAUUACCAAGAAGUAGAAUCUUUAAAGCACACCAUUAAACUCUUCUCAGUUAUCAAAUGGAAUGGUCCCAAAAGCAACAAACUGAAUUCUAAGUUUUGGAAGCGCUUGCUGUAUGAAAUGCCUGCGAAGAAAAAAGAGGUUUUAUCUCGGCGUCAAGUCCUGGAUUCUGCCGAACAGGGUCUCUUUGGGGAUCUCCAAACAAUGCCUUCCAUUGCAGUUACAGACACCUCUGCCACUAUGGUUGCAUCGCAGGCAGACCUGGGCGAUUAUCAACAACCCGAUUCAGUGCAAACAAGACAUUAUUGCAGAGGAUAUGAGUACAACAUGCAGUCUGCAACCUUGCCAUUAGCUGCCAUAAGCAGUAACCACCACACUUACUGUAACAUACCCCUGACACUACUCAAUGGACAGCUACCUCUUAAUAGCAGCAUGAAGGAUGCUCAAGAAUUUCAUAGGAACAACCCCUUGCUACCAUUGUCAACAAGGGAGCUCAGUUUCACCAGCGACAUAUGGUAGCAAAGUCCUAAGCAGUAUGUCACUCAUUGGGCGUCAAUGAGACCAAUCCUUAAAAGACCUUGAACCCAUAACAUCAGGUGCCAAAAUAUUUUGCCAAGUCACUGACAACUCACUUUUAUACUUGAACCUCUUUGUUUACACUUCAAAAAUUAUUAACAAGGGGGGAAACCUACUUUUGUAGCUCACAGAUAAGUUCAUAUCUUUUAAUGUACAGUUUUAUUGCUUCUUUACAUUUAAAAAAAAGAGGGGGCACUGGAGAGUAUUUUGAAGUAGAGCUUACAGUCCGGUCAUGGAUUGGCAUUCAGUGUUAUAUAUGAUAGAGUAAGACUUCAUAUUUAUAUAUUAGUACUUCCGAAAGCGGAACGGAUUUCUGUCGCUCUUCCCAAGGAACGUUAGAUAGAAAAAUACAAGUCACAGGGUUUGAAACCCGACAAGCUACAAAAGGAAGCACUGUUGUUUCAGAUCAUGCCUGGAGGACCCAUUCCCCCUGAAGGAUAUAAUGUAGGAAAUCCUUCCUGUAAGAUUGUCACUAAUACAAAAGAUGAUCUAGGCGAACCUCUGUGGUGGUAGCCUCCUGUGUUCACUCAACAAUUUCUGUCAUUGGAAAAUACAUCACCCACUUAACAUCAUCCAUCAUUUUGUGCUCAAGAUAUUCCUUAAUUCUACCUGACAGUUGCCAUUGUGUUUUUCCUCAAACAAGUUUGACAGCAAUUUAGUUUCUGUAGAUUUUUUUUUAAAAGCUUGUUUAAACUGGCUUUGCAGGUUUCUAUGAACUUUCUUCCUUUUACAUUUUAUGUACCGGUGGGAUCGUCAUGUUGUUUAACUGACCGGUGAUUUGAACAUUUCUUAAGCUUCUUGACCUUGUAAGAUUUGUAUUAAUGCUAAUGUAAAUUUUGCACAGGGUUAUUAUUAUGAUUUUGGUUUUUCGUGUUACAACUGACUGAUUGGCAUUUGACAGAAACUGUCAGCAAUAGAAAAAGAGAAAUACAG